CGGAAGCACAUAAGUAGACUUUUUGUUUUCGACUUUAAUGUCUGUAGUUCUGCUCAAAUAUUUCUGAUACUACUGAAAAAUAUUUAAAAUAUAAUCUUCUCCAUCCAAGCUCCUACUUCUAGAAGAUUAUGUGUUCUUUUCUAAUACUGAUCUAAUUUCUUGAUCGUUAUAUUUUAAAAAUUAUCUGAGCGCAACAUCGAGUACGACUAUGGAUCCACCUACGUUUCAACAAUUAAAUAUUCGCAUGAGUACACAUGGUAAGCGGCCAUUGCGCAAUCUAACACCUAACGACAAAAUUCGGGCUAUUCAACGUAUUCAUCAAGGGGAGACCAAAGCCUCUGUUUCAAGGGACAUUGGAGUGCCAGAGUCAACACUUCGAGGCUGGUGUAAAAAUGAACAUAAGCUUCGUUUUAUGUGUAGCCAGAUGAAUGAAAAAAAUGAAAUCGAGGUAAUUCCGAUUUACAAACUAGACAAUUUUCAACCAGCUGCGAAAAGAUAUAAAUUGGAUGGAAGGGAUUCUUUUAACUCGGCCAUUAAUAUUGAGAAUUUGAUCGAAUUCAAAGGAAAGUCCAAUUUGAAGAAUAUCCACUUUGAUAUCAACGAUAACAACUAUGAAAACGCGUUACUUGAAGAAACCUUAAGCGAUUUUCUAAGAAAUAAGUCUUUGCCAGAUUCGAACGAAAUUAUGAAGCAAAAGUUGGUGAUUAAAAGCAAUAAAAUUUCACCUGGCUUGUGUUCAAUAGGCCAGACUUUAUCAUCCAUUAGUACAUCAAUGAAUUACAAAGAAUAUCAUUUUAGUCCUUACAAUUUAAAUUAUUAUUCAAAGUUAAACUCUAGUGUUAUGUCAGCGAAAUCUAGUGUAGUUAGUUCCAGUUUUGAACGUAGCAAACCAAAACACCAACAUGCUAUUAAUAAAAAUAUUGACAAAUCGGCUUUUACAGAGCCUUUUAAUGAAGAUAAUGAAUCAAUUACAUACAACAAGUGGUUCAACAAAGCAAGUACUCACAAUACGGAAUGGAACGAUUAUAAUAUAUUAGGUAUUGCCAAUAGAGACGGCAUAAAUUAUGAUGGAAACAUUGUUGAUCACAAUAAUAGUAACCAGUGCAGCAAUGAAUCGAGAUUACUUCAGUGGUGUAAAGUUUUCAACGCAAGUUUGAAUUUUUUGACCUUAGCAGCCACUGCUGCUACACUACAACCAAAGCCAGUUUAUGUGCAUGGAAGUGGUGAUUCAAAAAAUUUUACAUCUCGAACAGACAUGACAGAGUGCAUUUUCGAAGCAAAAAACAACAUUCAGAGCUACAAUGAAAGUGAACCAGAAGAUCUAUCCAAAAAGGUUUCAAAAACUUCUAUGCCCAUUACAAGUCAGUCACACAGCUCCAUUUCUUCUUUCAAAGAGUUUCAGGUCGUAAACAAGGAAUUGCAAUAAGUGAAUAUAUAUAUACAUAUAUAUAAUUAAAAAUGAGCUAAUUUGACAAGUACUAUUUUGCAGAAUUUAUAUUACUAUAACUAUGUUCCUUAACU